AUGAAGAACACCGAAAAUAGUCGACUUUAUCUUCUAAAGAUCGGUUCGUGUUCAGAUGUACCAAAAGUUUCCGUAGAAACAACACUUUGGAGUAGCUGCCGGGAUAGGAACCGAAGUAUCCCUCAUGGCAUUCGAGCAUUCUAUCACGGAGCCGUCGAUGGACCGUUGCAUGUGCAGAAAUUUGUGGAAACCAUUGUAGCAUUAGUCCUCAAGACAUACGUUCGAUUCUUCAAAGCUGUUCUAAGCGAAGAAGAUGUAGAAGAUAUGCAGCAAACGUAUUGA